AUGCCCACCUCCGAAGACGGAAAGAAGAGAUCCCACGACGUCGCAAGCAUCUCGGGCUCCUCGUCCAGCAGCGACGACUCCCGCAGGCGCCGUCGCGAGCGCAAGGAGAAGAAGAGAAAGAACGGCGAUACCACUGUCGCUGUCAAUGGCGCAAAGCCCAGCGCUUUCGCCCAGCGUCGCAAUAGCUUGGCCAAAGCUUCGCGAGAUCCCCGCGAUGAACCUCUCCCCCGGAAGCGCCGCGCUGCUGCACCCCAGAGCGUUCCUGAAGAGGAGGGCGCUGUGAUGAAGAUUAGAUCUCCUAGUCCUGUCAUUGACUUUGAUGGGCUCAGUCGACCCAGUCGGGGAACGAGAGAGCGCAGAGAGGAGACGGAGGAGCAGCAGGCUGCGCGACUGGAACGUAUGAGCGGUGCUGUGCGCACUAUUCUAGAGUGUGUCGGUGAAGAUCCCGAUCGCGAGGGUCUUCUCAAAACCCCGGAGCGCUACGCAAAGGCCCUGCUAUUCUUGACAAAGGGAUACCAGGACAACAUUGAAACCAUGGUCAACGAAGCUCUAUUCAGAGAGGGACACAGCGAAAUGGUCAUCGUCAAGGACAUUGAGAUCUUUAUGCACAUCGGCUACAUCCCCAACGAGACCGUCAUCGGCCUAUCCAAGCUCCCCCGAAUCGCAGAGAUGUUCGCCCGCCGUCUACAGAUCCAAGAACGUCUCACCAAGGAAGUCGCCCACGCCAUCAUGGAGAUCCUCAAGCCCCAGGGCGUCGCCGUGGUCAUGGAGUCGAGCCACCUGUGCAUGGUGAUGCGCGGUGUCGAAAAGACCACCACCAGCACCAUCACGAGCUGUGUCCUUGGCUGCUUCGAGAAGAAGUCCAAGACGCGCAAUGAGUUCCUCAACCUUAUUGGUAUCAACCGAUAA